AUGAGAUAUCUGUUUCUAGGUUCCCUCCUCUCUGGUCUCGCAGCUCAAGCGCAAUUCGGGCCUGCUGCUACCAGCACAUCCGCGUCUCUUGGCCCAGCACCGACCGAAUCGGUUGGAUGCCGACAAGUUGACGGCGCUUGGGAGUGUGCUGGUGCCCGAAGUACUGCUUCUUCCACUGCAGGGAUGAUAUCUUCCAGUAGCGCAGGUACUCCUACAACCUCACUGACCAGCUCCGGUGUUCCACCGCCUCCAACGGAGUCUGUCGGGUGCGUACUCCACGUCGAUCACUAUCAUUGCGAAGGUCCUGCGUCUGGAUAUACUGCUAGUCCUACAACUACCGGUGAUCCAACAAUUCCUUCACCGACUGAGAGUAGUAACUGCUUUUGGCAUGAAACGCAUUGGGAUUGUUUCAAUUCUGUCGAAGAGAUGGAAGAGGCUGAAAGCGCCGAAGACUCUGGGACAUGUAUCAUUCACGGUAAGUUAUCACCUGCAUUAGAUGACCACGGUGAUUGUUCUGCUGAAGAUCUGGCUUGCGGAGCCGUUUUACUAGAAGACUUCAAUAUGGGACUUCAUGUGGGAGGGUUAUUUAUCAUUUUGGUUACCUCUGGGUUGGGGGCGAUGAUCCCACUCUUCACAGGCUGGGCUAGGAGAAGAAGGGACAGUAGUGAGAGUUUAGAUACCCUCAACACCAGCGGUUCAGAACACAUUGCUUUUGGCAGAAAUGCUGGGCUUUGGGCAAAUAUUUUCUUCAUUGCGAAACAUUUCGGGACUGGCGUGAUUCUUUCUACUGCAUUCAUACACCUGUUGUAUCACGGGUUUGUCAUGUUUGCCAAUGAGUGUAUCGGUCACAUGAGUUUCGAAUCAACGGCCCCGGCCAUCGCUUUAGCAGCAGCUUUCGUUACGUUCCUCUUCGAUUUCAUCGGAUCCCGAUCCGCUCACAAGAAAUAUGAGCAUCCCGCUGGUGCGAGCUCUCCAGGUGAUGAGAAGGGUCUCCCUAAUCAUGAUCACUCCCAUGAUGGACACGAUCACGGAUAUGAUUUGGUCUUGGAGGGGAGACAGAAUUGGGAGGUCGUUUUGCUCGAACUCGGUAUAAUCUUUCACUCAAUAAUGAUCGGCGUCACUCUUGGUGCUGGAAGUGGUAAUGGGUGGACGACCUUGCUGAUCGUUAUCGUAUUCCACCAAUUCUUCGAGGGCUUCGGAAUCGCCAUUGGAAUUGGUGUGCGAAAAUCCUUCUCCCAAAACGGUAAAGCGUCUUUACUCUCUGUUGGAAUCCUUAACUCCAUCAGUGCGGGAAUUCUGCUUUAUGCCGCUUUCCGACUUCUGUCUUGCGAUUUCACUGACGGUCCUCUCCGAGAUGCUAAAGCUUACAAAAUUAUUGUCGCUAUAUGUGCGAUGAUGGCAGGCAUGGUAGGUAUGAGCGUGCUUGGCAAAUGGGCAUGA